AUGCCGGAGGGGAUAAUGUCACAGUUCAGCCACUGGGGGUGGGAUCGGCACAUUCCGUCCGUAACUGCGCCCUUGUUUCGUUCAGCUUCCAGGGCGCAGCCGGUGCUGACUCAGCCGGCCUCCAUUUUAGUGUUUCCAGGACAAACGGUGAAACUCUCAUGUGCCCUGAAUCCUGGGUACAACAUCCGGGAGUUCGGGGUCGCCUGGUACCAGCAGAGACCUGGCAGCCCUCCGAGGUACCUGCUCUAUUACAACUCGGAGGUGGACAAGGACAAGCCCUCCGGGAUUCCGGACCGCUUCUCUGCGUCCAAAGACCCCGCCAGCAACGCCUGCGUUCUGACCAUCGCCGCGGUCCAGGCUGAGGACCACGCUGACUAUUACUGCGCGGUCGCGUAUCCCAUCUACUAUCUCUAG